CACCACUUCACAAAGCAAACCCAGAGGAAAAAAAGAAAAUUAAUAUUAAAAAAGAAAAAGGAAAAUUCACAACCAACAGAGAGAGAGAGAGAGAUGCUAGGCAGAACAGCUGUAGCCUCUUCCUCUGUUUCAGUGCCUGUUGUAUCUCAUAUUAUCCCUAAAUUCUUGGGGCUUAAGAGGCUCUCGUACAAUUGUUUCUCUACUGCAAACAGUAAAUGGAACCAGAAUUUUAAGUUAUAUAGCAGAAAGAGUAGCACUGCUUUGAGAAUGGAGACCAGAGCAACAGCUCAGCCUUUGAAGAACGCUGAUGAGCUUAUUGACUCUGUCGAGACCUUCAUAUUCGAUUGUGAUGGCGUUAUAUGGAAAGGAGAUAAAUUGAUAGAUGGAGUCCCUCAAACUCUUGAUAUGCUUCGUUCGAGGGGCAAGAGAUUAGUUUUUGUUACUAACAACUCGACAAAGUCUAGGAAACAAUAUGGUAAGAAGUUUGAGACUCUUGGUCUAAACGUCAGUGAGGAGGAAAUUUUUGCCUCCUCUUUUGCAGCUGCUGCUUACUUGAAAUCCAUCGAUUUCCCAACAGAUAAAAAGGUUUAUGUCAUUGGUGAGGAUGGCAUCUUGAAGGAGCUUGAGCUUGCUGGAUUUCAGUACCUUGGUGGGCCAGAAGAUGGUGAGAAAAAGAUAGAACUGAAGCCUGGGUUUCUAAUGGAGCACGAUAAGGAUGUUGGGGCCGUGGUGGUUGGAUUUGAUCGAUACUUCAACUACUACAAAGUCCAGUAUGGGACUCUCUGUGUAAGGGAAAAUCCCGGGUGUCUCUUCAUUGCUACAAACCGUGAUGCUGUUACUCAUCUCACAGAUGCUCAGGAAUGGGCAGGUGGUGGUUCCAUGGUUGGUGCUAUUGCUGGAUCAACUCAGCGUGAACCCCUUGUUGUUGGAAAACCCUCAACUUUUAUGAUGGACUACUUAGCAAACAAAUUCGGGAUUCUCAAGUCACAGAUAUGCAUGGUUGGGGACAGAUUGGAUACUGAUAUUCUGUUCGGACAGAAUGGUGGUUGCAAAACUCUUCUUGUUCUCUCAGGUGUGACUACCUUGUCAAUGCUUCAGAGCCCCAAGAACACCAUCCAACCAGAUUUCUACACAAACAAAAUUUCCGAUUUUCUUUCUCUUAAAGCUGCAGCUGUAUGAGAAUUUACGAACCUUGUACACUGUCAUUUCACCAAUUAUAAUUUCAGAUGUACGUCUCUGCGAAUUUCUCCAGGAAAUAUGGGUAAAAAAAGAAGAGGUUUCACACUUUGUGGUGGCUCUUAUUUAUAUGGUUGCUUGUUUUCUACCUAAAAUUUGUCUUAGCAAGUUUGAUGCCUGUUUCUGAUUUUUGGUAGAUAGAGGUGGGAAAUGUUAGAUUGAUAGCUAUCAUCCAUGUAGAGAGCAACCAAAAUAGACAUGAGAGCAGUUAUUAAAAAUACUUGUGAAUUGUCCUAAUUCCUAAAGAGCAGCAAGUAAAUCCUUCAACUUUGAUGUCA